AUGGGUCGUAUGCACGCACCUGGUAAGGGUAUUUCCCAGUCGGCAUUGCCGUAUCGUCGCAGUGUGCCGACUUGGUUAAAACUGACAGCUGAUGAUGUUAAGGAACAAAUUUUCAAACUUGGCAAAAAGGGUCUCACUCCAUCCCAAAUUGGUGUCAUGCUCAGGGAUUCACAUGGUGUUGCCCAAGUCAGAUUUGUCACUGGCAAAAAGAUCCUCCGUAUCAUGAAGGCUAUGGGUCUUGCUCCUGAUCUACCUGAGGAUCUGUACUACCUGAUCAAAAAGGCUGUCGCAAUGAGGAAGCACUUAGAAAGGAACAGGAAGGACAAGGACAGCAAAUUCAGACUCAUUCUUGUUGAAUCCAGAAUUCACAGGCUGGCCCGUUACUACAAAACAAAGAGUGUGCUCCCUCCCAAUUGGAAAUAUGAGUCAAGCACUGCGUCUGCUUUGGUGGCUUAA